UAAGAGGGACACACAAAUAUUGACCAUGGCUCGUCUUGUUUUGCUGACCAUUUUGCUCGUCGCCGCCGCCCUGGCCAACGAAUCUCCAAACAAGCCAGAAGAAUCCGAGUUUCAACAAGAAAUGUUGAAGAAUUUGAACAAAACGAAUGAAAAGCUGGACAGAUUGAUGAGAAUCGUCUUCGAACAGGAAGUUCAAACGAGGAAGGUAGCGGAGCAGCAAAAAGAAGAGCUGAUCAGAUUUUCCAACGUGACAAAUGAGAGAUUGGACCAACUGGCAAAAAAUGUCAACCAGCGCCUCGAUCAGGUUUUGGAAAAAGACAAGGAAAUGGAAGAGAAGAGGAAAAACGACAGAGAAAAGUUGGACGCUUUGGCAAAUAUUACCGAACGUCACAUCCAGUUCUUUCAAAUCAGAUUCCCACCGCACUGCAACCUCGCUCGUUCUUCAAAACUGACAAUGCUGUCUAAUGGCAAGAUUUACUCUUUCCAUCCCACUUACGAAAACUGGAAUUCUGCAAACGAAACUUGCGUCAAGAAAGGUCUCCAUUUGGCUACGAUCACAGAUCUUAAUGAGGCAACGCUGGUCGCGGCAGAAGCGAAAAGAAUUAAAAAGGGUACGGGUUGGUGGGUUUCGGCGAAAAACCAAGCAAGUGGAAGUGCAAAGGACUUCCGGUGGAACGACGGGAGCAAGUUGGAGUUGGACAGUCCGUUGUGGGAGGAAAAUGCGGACAAAAGGUACGACUGCAUUCAUACGUACAACUGGCCCAAGGGAAAAUUGUACAGCCAUUCAUGCAACAGUGAUCAACCUUUCAUUUGCGAACUGCCCAGCGAAUGUUACUAAAAACCAAUUUUAAUGGUUUUCUCGUUGCGAUUGGAGGUUUUUAUGUUUUAACGACGGAUUUCACAAAUAUAAUUAAAAGUACUUGUCUGACUCUUAUGAUUGUGGUCAAUUAUGCUUUUGCAUUGUGGUAUAAAAUUGAUUAACAGA